ACAGAAUAGAGAAGCAGGUGGAGCUUACUGGGUGUCAACCCUUCCUUUAUCAACCCCAUGGUAAGUGAUUAGGAUGGUCACUAUUACUACAAGUGACGUAACUAAUCAGGACGCAACUUUCCCCCCCAAACAAACCACCUGAGUCACACAGAUCUCAACUUUUUUUAAAAAUCAAAUUUUUAUGUUGAGAUCACUGUUAAGUUUGUGUUCAGUUGUAAGAAACAGAUCCCGUGUACCUUUUACCCAUUCCUCCAUGUUGCAAAACUAGCACAAUAUCACCGCCACGGUAGACGCAGACAGUGAGGCCACAGGACAUUUCUAUCAGCAAAAGGGUCCCUCUUGUGCCCCUUUAGAACCACGCCCACCCUUGCCUUCCAACUAUUAAUGCUGGCAGGACUUAGCCAGGCCGUAAGGGCGCGUACUCAGAACAAGGAAGAGGGUCAGGCGCUGGGAGGGCGACUGCAGGCGGACAAACUGCACCUGCGCCCGCGGUACUUGAGGACACCACAAAAGUCCGCGGAGGAGGCACCUCGGCACUUCCGCGAGCGCCGCAGGCCCUGCCCCUUUCGCCGCGGCCGACCAAUUGCGGCCCGAAGGCCGAGCCGCUUCCGUCCGCGGCCGGAGAGGGCCGGAUGUGAACGGUGUUUUUCCUUCCUGCCGCCACCUUGUCCAAGAUGGCGGACCUCCACCGCCAGUUGCAGGAGUACCUGGCGCAGGGGAAAGGGGGCGGCUCGGCGGCCGCGGAGCCGCUGCUCGCCGCGGGGAAGGCGGAGGAGCCCGGGGACGGGCCGGCGGGGGCGUGGCUGGGCCGCGCGGGCCUACCCUGGACCUGGGCGCGGAGCCCUGGGGAGUCGGCGGCGGCGGGCCCGGCGUGCCUGCCCAGCGUGACGCGCGGGCAGCGGCUGGCGGCGGGCGGCGGGUGCCUGCUGCUGGCGGCACUCUGUUUCGGCCUGGCCGCGCUCUACGCGCCGGUGCUGCUGCUGCGCGCGCGCAAGUUCGCGCUGCUCUGGUCGCUGGGCUCGGCGCUGGCGCUGGCGGGAGGCGCGCUGCUGCGGGGCGGCGCGGCGUGCGGGCGGCUGCUGCGCUGCGAAGAAGCGCCGUCCCGGCCCGCGCUGCUGUACACGGCAGCGCUGGGCGCCACGCUGUUCGCCGCGCUGGGCCUGCGCAGCACGCUGCUCACGGUGCUGGGCGCGGGCGCGCAGGUAGCCGCGCUGCUGGCCGCGCUGGUCGGGCUGCUGCCCUGGGGCGGCGGCACCGCGCUGCGCCUCGCGCUGGGUCGCCUGGGCCGCGGCGCCGGCCUCACCAAGGUGCUGCCCGUGUGAGGACCUCGACCCCGCGCCACUGGGGAAGGACGCGCAGCCAGCGCCGUCGGAGACUGCCCCUGCCGAGCCGAGGACUGCACGCCGGUGCCGGGACGCCUGCGGCGAAGACCCUGCCGCGACCGCCUGUGAGUCUAAGCCGGGAGCGGCUGCUGCCAGGGGAGGCGACCGCAGCGUUGGGAGGUCGUCGAUGUCAGCGUUUUGUGCUGGACUUGGCACAUGCUCUGAAAACAGAUUUUGUCAUUGAACUGGUGACAGGAUGUGAGACGGUUAUAAGUUGCUGUCGAAGUAACUGUGAUCUUAGGUUCCGCUGAGUAAAGAAAAAGGACUUUUCUUCGAAUUAGCUGCUCUCGUGAUUUUUCUCAGGCUGUUUUGUCAUUUUAAAAUCCAGCGCUAGAUGUAGCUUAGCGACGGUAAUUUUUUGUUUUGGCUGUGCUAAAACUUGGAAAGUAUUCUCUUCGGUGCCGGCGAAUCCAGAAGGGUAUCAGAUUAUUAAACACCGAAUUCAGCCACUGAGUAAGUACUUUUAAAAGUACUUAUUUAAGAGGUAAUCUCGGGUUUUUUUUCAGUUAACAAAAUCAUACAUAUGGUGCCUUAUAACAUGAAAGGAAAAUUAGUUCUGUAUUUCACGACGAAAGCGAUGGACCAAAAGAAAUUUCCUGCCCCAAGCAGCAUGGGAUCCAGGCAGGGGCGCGUACAAGCUUAGCGGGCUCUGCGGAAAUCCUGCAAAUAGGAAGAUAAUUCUAGAUCCGGAACACCUGUAUCUGAUGGAGACCAUGGAUUUCUACAAGCUCGAAUUAUUCCUCAUUGUAUGGUCUGCUUUGUAAACUAGUUUACAAUUUGCAGGCUGAUCUUAAGAUGCUUUUUAUAUCUAAUUGCUGCUUCCUUCAUUUUAGGUUCAGCGGUUACUUUCACCUACCGUAAUUUAUUGCCAGAAAAGUAUGAGCCUAACAUUCUGAUGAGUCCAGAAGACUGCGUUUUGUCAGUAGCAACACACUAGGAAGUAAAAUAUAUUUAGAAUUUAAACAUUGUGUGCCAGUGGUUCUCGCGCUUGACUACGCGUCAGUUACUUGAAGAGCCACACCUCUGAUCAACGCAGUCUGAACCAGGGAAGUAGGUCCUAGACAUCAGAACCUUUUUAAAGCUCCCCAGGUGAUUCUACGUUCCCCGAGGUUGAAGACCACUUCUGUGCAUUGGCUUGCACAAUUUGAAAAUAAUGCUUUUCCUGAGCUGGAUCCCAGUGUUGCCUAACAGGGUGUCUGCCGGGCUGCGGUAGAGCACUGCUGCUUCCUCCAGCCCCAAAAUGUAUGUUCCUAAGUUAGGUCCCUAAGCACUGUCCCAGCAAGUGAUGCAAGUGGCCAACACCCACACUGUAGGCUUGCAGGCUACCCGCCCUGAGAUUUGGUGAAGAAUACUGCCUUGUUCCCCGUCAGUAAACAAGGUUACCUACCUCAGGCGGCUGCUAGUGAGGGAGCAAAUGCAGUAUUUUCAGAAUGAUUUAUUUUUUUAAUUGUAAAGACUUGUGCCAUUGGCUGUUCUUUCUAGUCACCUAAAUUUCUGUUCUCAAUUUCUCUAGAACUUGCAAUAGUUGGGGGUUUUAUAAUGUUUUACAAUGUUUAUUUCUUAAAUAAAAACUUUAAAAUUCAACAUUU